UUAAAUAGAAAAUUGUUUACUUAUUAUUGUCUGCAAGAGAAGCGGGCUUAUGGUUUGAAUGGGAAUAUUUUGAAGAAGCACACAAAAGAUUCAUGAGAUUUCCAUUCCAUUCCACCUUAUAUAGGAGAGAGAGAAAACGGAAGAGAGAGCCAGUGAGAGAAAGGCAGAAAGAGACGGUGAAGACAGAUUUUGGACGCGAGAGAGAGAGAGAGAGAGAGAGAGAGAGAGGUAGAAAGGGACAAUCAAGACAGAUUUUGGACGACAGAGGGAGAGAGAGGGAGGCAGAGUGUGACAAAAACAGAGCUCCUUUCUGAAAUCUUCUUGGUUCUUUUUGGCAAGAAGUUUCUUAGUACUUUCAUGUCCAGAUGACACGCAGUUCUCUAUAACUUUAAAUUUAAAGUCACCAUGUUUAUAUAAAUAUAAAAAGCAAAGCUAACUCUACUUCUAGGUUUUGGCUAGCAACUCCAUUUCCAGCUUAGAGAGUGAGGGACAGCAGCAAAUAGGAACUGUGUUUUUACAGAGCUUUUGGUUUAAGGAAGUUUGAUAUUCUGUAGGUUGGAGAUAUUAGAUGGGUCAAGUUGGAUUAGAAUGGUGGAGUCUUAGGAGGAGGGCUGCAAUGGUUGUGAUUGGUUUUCUUCUAGCAGCUUCAGUAGUUGCUUCAGCACAAGAAACUUUAGAACAAGAUGCUUCAAGUUACAGUGGGAGUGAUAAGUUUCAACCCUAUUAUUUCGACAGAGUGUUGAACUUUCUUUGGCAGCCGGGUCGAUUGGGUUAUGAGCAUGUUUGGCCUGAACUGAAAUUCGACUGGAUAAUUGUUGUCGGUACAGUAAUUGGAUUCAUCGGUGCUUCUUUUGGGACUGUUGGUGGAGUUGGUGGAGGUGGCAUUUUUGUUCCAAUGCUCACUUUGAUUAUAGGAUUUGAUGAGAAAUCUUCAACGGCAAUAUCGAAGUGUAUGAUCACUGGUGGAGCAGCUGCAAGUGUUUUCUACAAUUUGAGGCUAAGGCAUCCGACACUUGAUCUGCCGAUCAUCGACUAUGACCUGGCACUUCUUUUGCAACCAAUGCUUAUGCUUGGGAUCAGUAUUGGAGUUUCUUUCAAUGUUAUCUUUGCUGACUGGAUGAUCACAGUGUUGCUAAUUAUUUUUUUCUUAGGCACAUCAACGAAGGCGUUCUUGAAGGGUGUUGAGGCAUGGAAAAGAGAAACUGUAAUGAAACAGGAGUUUGCCAGACUAAUGCAGUCAGAUGGUAAUUCUAGUGACGAAGUUGAAUACAGACCUCUAGCUAGUGGCCCAAACAAUGUCAUUCUAUUAGGCACCAAGGAAUCUAAAAGAACAGAGGUUUCUAUUAUUGAGAAUGUUUACUGGAAGGAAUUACUACUUCUUGUUGCUGUCUGGGUCAUAAUACUUGCGUUGCAGAUUGCCAAGAAUUACACCACAACUUGUUCAGCAGAAUACUGGGUAUUAAAUCUCUUGCAGAUCCCCGUGGCUUUCGGAGUAUCUACGUAUGAGGCAGUUAACCUGUACAAGGGGCGCAGAGUAAUUGCAUCCAAGGAAGAAUCAGGCACAGAUUGGAAAGUGCACCAGCUUGUUCUGUAUUGUGCCUGUGGCAUCUUAGCUGGUAUAGUUGGCGGAUUGCUUGGUCUUGGUGGAGGGUUCAUUCUGGGACCACUUUUUCUUGAGCUGGGAAUCCCACCUCAGGUAUCUAGUGCAACUGCCACAUUUGCAAUGACGUUCUCUUCAUCCAUGUCCGUUGUUGAGUACUACCUCCUCAAACGUUUUCCGGUCCCUUAUGCUGUCUACUUUGCUGUUAUGUCCAGCCUGUCUGCCCUUGUAGGCCAACAUGUGGUGAGAAAGGUGAUCAGUGUAUUAGGCAGAGCAUCUAUAAUUAUCUUCAUUCUGGCCUCCACAAUCUUUGUGAGUGCAAUAUCACUAGGUGGGGUUGGCAUAGCAGAUAUGAUUGGAAAGAUAGAGCACAAAGAAUACAUGGGAUUUGAAAACAUCUGCAAUUAGCAGGGCUAGUUUUAGUGACUUCUGUCUUCCCUUCCCCAAUCUCAAGCUUUCUGGACCUACGAAUUGGCUGGUCCUAUAAGUUAUCUCCAACUCUCUUUCUGGGAACAAAAGCAUAUGUUGACCUGUAUUUGUCUUCUGUUUUUGUUUUUUUUGAACAUUAUAUAUCCAAUGGGAAGGAAGGAGGUGUUGAUAACUCAUUAAGUUAUGGUCUAUGAUAUGAAUUGAAUGUAAAGGAGGUGG